AAGUGACGAUCAACUUUUCAGGAGAAGACUUCCUUGAGGAAAUAUCUACAGUCAACAGCGUUUUCCUUGCCCAAGAGGAAGCAUUUUAUCGCCAUGGCGUCGCCUUUUCUCAGUCUUCUAACGUCCCUUGUAACGUCUGUGUUCCUGUGCUCUGCCCAGUCGGUCUGUAGACCACCGUCAGACGAGAAAUGUGUGUGUAAUUGUGGGGAUGCAGUGGUGAAUACUGGGAACGACAACGCAUUUCGAGCAGAGCUGGAGGAGCUCAAAAUCACUGUGAAGCAACUUUCCCAGACCGGGAAGUGUGGGCCAGAAGCAGUAGGCAUUACAGCCAACGACACAAACACCGACAAGCCCCAAGACUGUCAGGACAUCCUUGACAACGACGAGACCACGCCCAGCGGCGUGUACAUGGUUUAUCCACGGGACAACCUGGGCGGCUUCCUGGUCUUCUGUGAUAUGGACACGGACGGAGGCGGCUGGACGUUGUUCCAGAGACGCCAAGACGGCACCGUGGACUUCUACCGGGGCUGGGCGGACUACAAGACCGGCUUCCCUUCCAACCUGAACGGCGAGUUCUGGCUGGGGAAUGACAACUUGUACCGCCUGGCUGUGCAGAAAGUCUACCAGCUCAGGGUGGAUUUGGAGGAUGUGGAGGGAGAGACGCGGUACGCCGUCUACGACACGUUUGCCAUCUCACCUGAAUCACAGAACUACAAGCUCCAACUAGGAUCUUACAGUGGUACUGCAAUGGACAGCCUUAAGCAGCAUCGCGGGGAGUCAUUCAGCACCAAGGACAGAGAUACUUCGACUGGCUGUGCUAAUACUUUCAAAGGUGCCUGGUGGUACCGCACGUCGUCCGGCAACAGUUGCCUCCACUCCAACCUGAACGGCCUGUACCACCUGGGUACACAUGAGAGUCACGCCGAUGGUGUCUGCUGGUACGACUGGAAGGGUAACAACUACUCCCUGAAGCGCACUGAGAUGAAAAUCCGACCAACUCCAUAACUAAACACGUUUUAAAAUUUUUUCAUGGUUGAUCUGCUUACGAACUAUGCAUCGUAAGCCGUUUGCAGUGUUUGUGAUAAUCAUCUUUCUGUGUUUUUUAAAUUUUUUAGAUAUUUGCAUGAUCCUAAACCUAACAUUGGAGAUCAUCAAGUCUAUGAAUAUCACACUAAAAAGAAAAUGUACAACAACAACAAAACAUCGAAUCAGUUUUAGAAUAUAUUUUAAAGUAUAAAGUUAUGAGUAAUCUGUACACUGUUGUCAUCCAAGGCUCAACAUCGCCCUAAUUGAUUAGAUGUAAGAACGACACAUUGUAUUGAUAUGCAUGAAUAAUUGUCAUUCUCACCAGAUAUCUACAUGUAUUCAACAGUGUUAGAUUUAUAGAGCGAGCUUACUAACAUGCCGCUAUUUAUAACUCAAAACGUUACAGUU